UUAUGUGACAUCGACAUGCUCGACUAUUAUUAAUUUUUAGGAUUGUUCAAUACUGGUGUGAUUGGUGCAAUUACUUUUUAAUAGUGCUUGAUUUCACGUUGCUCAAAACAAAAAAAUAAUUUCGGUAUGUUGCGAGGAAUCCUUUCGAAAACCGCAAAAACUUUAAUUUCGCUCAGAUAUGUAGGGAUAGUCAGUAAUCAAACUUCAGUACACCCCAUAACUAGCAAAGAAUUGCAACCGCUCGGAACGAGUCAUCCACAAACUGAAAGCUAUCUUAAUAUUCUUAAGAAUGCUUCUGAUGCCAAAGAAGUUCUGGAAUUCAUGCCGGCCCUUAACAAGCGAGAUAUCAACCGACAAACAGUUACGCUACCAGCAUUAAAAACACUUUUCGAACUGCACAAACAAGGCAAAUCCAGCAUUGAAUGCAAGGACGUUCUGAACCAUUCACGCUUUGCAGAGCUCUGUAAAGCGCUCAAGUACGAAUCCCGAUCAUUUAUAAUAAACGACAUCACGGAGAGUCUCAAGAUACUGACCUAUUUCGGAGUUCAUUCCAGCAGUGAAAUCAUGUCUGUUUUGCUGAAUCUGCUAAGAUACCAAAUCAACGAUGUAACACUGGAACACAUCGUGUUUUUGGAUUUCAUUUUCAAGAAAAUGGCACGAAGUCCGUUGAUUGAAGCCUUACAACUGGCCCUGCCAAUGCUAUUGGAAAUUCAAAUAUCCUACAAAAUGGACCACGAGAACGUUCAGCAAUUGGUAGACUUAAUGGGAUUUAUUGCGCAACACAAAGUGUCGAAUCGUUGUAUUACUAAUGUAAUCAGUGCACUUACAAUCCACGGCACUAAGCUAAGCAGUCAACAAGCCUCUGAUAUUCUAAUCGCGAUGACUAAACUUGAGAAUAUUGAAGCAAUACAUGCGAAAUUGCUUGAUAAUGUAUUCGAAGUGUUGACCCGAGGCAUCAAUGAAAUCAGUUUCAAAACCAUCGACUUCAUUGUGAAGAAGCUAGUCGAAAAAAAUUUGGACAAAAAUCCGAUGUUUUACAACGAAGCUUUCCUCAAACGUUGCUCACAAUUUAUUGUCGAAAAUGAUCUCGGCCUUAUGAAUGCGUUAUUUUUUCAAAAAAAGUUGAAUAAAAUUAGUUAUUUGCACGUACCACUGCUAGACUACAUAGCCCUAAAUGCCCACAGUCUAUCGAGCAUUCCAAAAUCUGGCAUAAUCACCAUUGUUGCAGCUUUUUCCACGGCAAACUAUAAGCCUCCCAACUGGGACGCCAUAAAGUUGGAAAUCCAACGCCAUUCUACUAUAUCUAACAAUUCCAUUCCGUGGAUCCGUUACAAUUUGGAACUUCUCUCGUUGGACAUAUUCAACGAACAGUUGCUCAAGCAUUACCUGGAACCUUCCACUCUGGAAAAGAGCAUGACACGGAACAGCAUUGUGGAUCACUUGCAGCUUCUGGAACUAGCUCAAGCUGUACAAUUGCUAUACCCGGAGUAUAGUGGACCCUUGCCUGAUGUCAAAUAUCUGGAUAAAGCAUUGGAGCUACAUUUCGAAAACGUCAAACUACCGCUACAAAAACCGCUGGAAUUCGCUUUCGGUGGCGAGGGUAGUGUUUUGUCCCACGUCAUUUCGGCCUAUGGGCAGGUUCUAGACCACGUGAUUGUGUUCGACCGAAAUGGGGGAGUCAUCAAGCAUCCAGAUCUAGCUGAGGGUAAACGUGUGCGGAUAGAGGAGCUACUCGGCGAAGGAAAUCGACCGCUAGUCGUCUUAUGUCUUCCGAAAAGCUUCUAUGCUUUAAACAUCAACCGGCUCCGCGGAAGAUUCGCAAUGUACAUUCGAACCGUUGAGGCUUUGGGCGUUUCUGUUGUACCUGUGUCCUACCAGAUGUGGCUCAACCUACCUGAAGCUGAACGGAUACCAUUCCUGGAGAGGGAGAUACGAACCAAACUUAAGAAUUAGAAACUAAAUUGAGUUCGAAUGUUAAUAAACGACACACUGAUAGAUUACAUUUUA